UAUCGCUCUCACAGUCUCAGAACAGGAAAGUAGUAAGUGGGAAGUGAGGUAAGCAAAAAGGCCUGCCGCUGCUUUUGAUUUAUACUUGGAUCUUCCUCUUCCGUAUUCAACACCAGAGAAAGGUCAUACUCACAUCAAAAUCUCCGCAAAAUCCACAAACAAGAGCAUAACCCAAUUGAGAGAUCACAAUGUGGAAGUUGAAGAUCGCUGAAGGAGGAAAUCCCUGGCUCAGAACUACCAACAAUCAUUGUGGAAGACAAAUAUGGGAAUUUGAUCCUCAACUCGGUUCUCCUGAGGAACUCUUGGAGAUCCAAAAUGCUCGUCAGAAUUUCACAAAUAAUCGUUUUCACCAAAAGCAUAGCGCAGAUCUGCUCAUGCGAUUUCAGCUUGGCAAGGAAAAUCCGUUGGCUGAAGUACUGCCUCAAGUCAAAGUGAAAGACACUGAAGAUGUUACUGAAGAGGCCGUGACUACCACUUUGAGAAGGGCUUUGAAUUUCUAUUCGACCAUUCAGGCCCAUGAUGGGCAUUGGCCUGGAGAUUAUGGAGGUCCUAUGUUUCUUAUGCCUGGCUUGGUUAUAACUCUUUCCGUCACUGGGGCACUGAAUGCAGUUCUAUCUGAGGAACAUAAGCGGGAGAUAUGCCGCUACUUGUACAACCAUCAGAACAGAGAUGGUGGAUGGGGCUUACACAUUGAGGGCCCAAGCACCAUGUUUGGUAGUGUCCUGUGCUAUGUCACUUUAAGGUUGCUUGGUGAAGGGGCUAAUGAUGGAGAAGGGGCCAUGGAGAAAGGACGUACUUGGAUUCUGGACCAUGGUGGUGCGACUGCAAUAACAUCAUGGGGAAAAAUGUGGCUUUCAGUUUUGGGAGCAUUUGAGUGGUCAGGCAAUAAUCCCCUGCCUCCUGAAAUAUGGCUUCUUCCAUAUAUUCUCCCAUUCCAUCCAGGGAGGAUGUGGUGUCACUGUCGGAUGGUGUAUUUGCCAAUGUCAUAUUUAUAUGGGAAGAGAUUUGUUGGCCCAAUCACGCCAACAAUUUUAUCUUUGAGAAAGGAGCUAUUUACUGUUCCAUAUCAUGAAAUAGAUUGGAAUCAAGCACGCAACCAAUGUGCAAAGGAAGAUUUGUACUACCCACAUCCCUUGGUUCAAGAUGUACUGUGGGCACUUCUUGAUAAGUUUGUUGAACCUAUUUUAAUGCAUUGGCCUGGAAAAAGAUUGAGAGACAAGGCCCUUAAUGUUGCAAUUGAGCACAUACACUAUGAAGAUGAAAACACUCGUUACGUAUGCAUAGGGCCAGUAAACAAGGUUUUAAAUAUGCUCUGUUGCUGGGUGGAGGACCCAAACUCUGAAGCUUUCAAGCUACAUCUUCCCAGAAUAUAUGAUUAUCUCUGGAUUGCUGAAGAUGGAAUGAAAAUGCAGGGUUAUAAUGGAAGUCAAUUGUGGGACACAGCUUUUGCAGUUCAAGCAAUUGUGUCAACAAAGCUUGUUGAGGAAUAUGGUCCAACUUUAAGAAAAGCACAUACAUACAUUAAAAAAUCACAGGUUUUGGAAAAUUGUCCAGGAGAGCUUGACUUUUGGUAUCGUCACAUUUCAAAAGGUGCAUGGCCUUUUUCAACUGCAGAUCAUGGAUGGCCCAUCUCAGACUGCACAGCAGAGGGAUUAAAAGCUGCUCUCUUAUUAUCAAAAAUUCCCUCAGAGAUUGUAGGGGAAGCAGUAGAUGCAAACCGCUUAUAUGAUGCAGUGAAUGUUAUUCUGUCAUUGCAGAAUGGUGAUGGUAGCUUUGCCACAUAUGAGCUUACAAGAUCCUACAGGUGGUUGGAGUUUAUCAACCCUGCCGAAACUUUUGGUGACAUUGUCAUUGAUUACCCUUAUGUUGAAUGUACUUCUGCUGCAACCCAAGCUUUGACCUCAUUUAGACAAACACAUCCUGAACAUCGGCGAGAGGAAGUAGAACAUUGUAUCAAAAAGGCAACCGAGUUCCUUGAGAAAAUACAGGCAGAGGAUGGCUCAUGGUAUGGCUCAUGGGGUGUUUGCUUCACAUAUGGUACAUGGUUUGGCAUAAAAGGGUUGGUGGCUGGUGGAAAGAACUUCAAUAAUUGCUCUAGUAUCCGUAAAGCUUGUGAUUUUCUGCUUUCUAAACAGUGUCCUUCUGGUGGGUGGGGAGAGAGUUAUCUUUCAUGUCAACAAAAGAUUUAUUCCCAUCUUGAAGGCAACAAGUGUCACGUAGUCAACACUGCUUGGGCUAUGUUGAGUCUUAUGGAUGCUGGGCAGGCUGAGAGAGACCCAACACCAUUGCACCGUGCGGCAAGAUAUUUAAUAAAUACUCAGAUGGAAAAUGGAGAUUUUCCACAGCAGGAAAUCAUGGGAGUUUUCAACAAGAAUUGUAUGAUCACUUAUGCAGCUUACAGGGAUAUCUUUCCCAUUUGGGCAUUGGGAGAAUACAGUUGCCGGGUAUUGCAUGCUUCUUGAAAUUAUAUUUUGCCGCUACUUUUUCUCUUGGCUUUCUCAUCCGAGUGUUUAAAAGAUAGGGAGGAUUCUGCUGUAGCUUUUUAAUGAAGAAAAUUAAUAAUAUAAAUAAAUCUAUGGAAAUCUGUGGCGUUUACCCUUUCUUCA